AUGGCUUCGAAAAUCAGAUACUACUUGGAGCAAAGUGUUCCCGAGCUCGAUGACCUAAAGAAGAAAGGUCUUUUUGACCAGAAGGAAAUCACCAUGAUCAUGCGCAGAAGAACAGACUUUGAGCAUCGCAUCCAAGGCAGAGGAUGCAAGCCUAGAGAUUUUUUGAAAUACAGCGAUUUCGAGAUCAACUUGGAGAAACUUCGAGCCAAGCGCUACUCGAGACUCAAGAAGGCCGGCUCCUUGGACACGAAACCGAGUAUUUCCGACUGGGCUGGUUUCCGGCGCAUCAUUUUCGUUUUUGACCGUGCCGUCAAGAGAUUUCCGGGCGACAUUGGUUUGUGGGCCAAGUACAUUCAGUUUGUGAAGGAGAAGGAUGCAGUCAAGGUUGUAUAUCGUGUCUACGCCAAGUUGUUGCUGUUGCAGCCUCGUAACGUGGAGGCUUGGCUCUCUGCGGCAAAAUAUGAGUUUGAAGUCAAUGCCAACGCAAAGGGUGCCAGAGAGUUGUAUCAGCGUGCAUUGAAGUUGAACCCAGAGCUGCAGAAGUUAUGGAUGAGCUACAUCCAGUUCGAGUUGACAUAUGUCUCGAAGUUGCUUGCUCGCCGGAAGGUUUUGGGUUUGUUGACCGAAAAGCAGCAGCAAGAUGAUUUGCAAGCACAAGAAAAGAAACUCGAAAAGAGAAAGGCCAAGACGAUCAAUGGAAUCGAGGAUAAUGACGACAUGAUCUCUUUGGAAGACGAUCCCGAGCAAAUGAAAGCACAGUUGGAACAGUUGCCUGAGGCAGACAUGAAUGUGUUGGGAAAUCCUGAUACGAACCCCGUUCUUAGAGGAGAAGUGGCUUUGGCUGUUUUCGACAUGUGCGUCCCAGAAUUGCUCAAAGAAGUCGCCAAGACUAUGCGGCAAGACAAGAUCUUCGAGCUUGUGGAGGACUUUUUCGUUGUCGUGGACAAGUUUGAAAACUUGAGCCGUGACCAUUUGUACUUGCACGGCUUGCUGUACUUACAAGAACACUGUGACGAUCGUACUAGAGUGGCUUUAGUCGACGUGAAGAUGCCGCUUCGAAAUGUUCUUGUGACAGACCCAGACUUCGCUGAAGCUUUGCAACUUUCGGUUAACAAGUUCAAUGCUUACAAAAAGAAGCUUUCGGAGAACCGGGAAAAGUUCACCGCUCCUUAUAUUGCGUUCUUGAACCAGUAUGUCGAGACGGCCCCAGAGAACGUUGCUGGUUUGUUGAAAGCCAUUAUUCAAAAGUGUCAAUAG